GCGUAUAUAAAUCCCGACUCCGAAGGCCCCAAAGGCGUAUCUGUAAAAUUCUUUUCCCGCCAAAAUGAGAGAAAUGCAAAAUGCUGUGCGAUCCAAUUCCAAGCCUCUCUCCGCUUCCGCCAUUCCCAAAUUCAAGAAGAACACUGCCAAGAAUUUGGAUGCUGAAUUUCAGGCUUUUGACCUCGGUUCUGAACAGAGCUCCAUCGAAACUUUGGAUUUGUCUCCGAUUUCCGAGAUCAGUCUAGAUGGAGAGAUUUUGAAACCGAUGCUACCUGAUCCAGCUUUCUCAGCUUCAUCAGUAACCUCUCAGCUAACGACUCAACCAUCAGAUAAUACAAUCACAUCAGAGAAUCUCAAACAAGCUCAGACCCCUUCCUCUCAUGGCGGAUUUCAUGAAAUUCUCAAUUCAAAACCCAGUUCUUCCUUGGAGGCUGAGAUAACUAUCAGUUUUCUCAGGAAAACUAAAACUCAGCUAUUGAGCUUAUCUGAAUUCGAUCCUCAUUCAAAGAAGCUUCUGGACACAAUGGUUGAAAUGGUUAUUGAUAUGAUCCUCCAAACACAAACUGAAGAGAAGAAGGACAUAAUUGGAGAACUCAUUUCUGCGAAAACUACUCGAAUUGUUUAUGUUUGCGUUUUGCUCUUGGUGCUGGUAAUGGUGGUGAUUCAAAGCUUGCUUUUCAACUCAUCAACAUCAAGAAACUCUUUUGGUAAGCCUUCUCCUCCAACUUGAACUUACUCUAUAAUUUCUCUUUCAUGUGAGAGACAGACAUUGAUCAAUUUUCCAAUUAAAGACACACAUAAGUAUAUAUUCUAUGAUAUAAGUUUUUGAAUUAGAACUCUGCUUUUUCUAAAACAUAUUGAAAAUCAUAUGAAUCAAACUGAUUGUGAUUAAUUAAGAGUGUUUUAUAUCAUUUUAAUCCCUAUUAAGUGGAUAUGAUAUGCUGUACAUGUACUUGCACAGAUUUUGUUUAAUUUUGAGUAUUGUUGGGCGUUGUUUGUU